CUAAUGUCUGGACUUUCCAAAAAGAGGGAGAACCAAAGACUCAGACCCUUCCCAUUCUCCAGGCUCAAGCGAGCCAGUACGUCGGAAUUCCGAAGGGUGCAACGCGACGAGAUCUGUAGAAUUCUAGCAGCGGAGCGGAGAUAGAUGAGUAAGGUAGAAAGAAACCGGAUCUGGAAUUCCAGCUAGCACUGUUUACCGUAUCUCGGAGGGAUUGGGUUCCUGGAAACGACGUAAUUGACAUACCUCAAGCUCACGGAUUCUGAUGACAGUCCCUAACAACAGCUACUAAUUUGUUUUCGAAUGGAAACUUUAAAGCGACAUCUUCUAUUCUCCGGACAAGAGGGGCUGCAAGAACUUAAGAAAAUUGAUGUGAGGUUUGAGGAAAAAAUUUAUGCUGCAGCUACAAACCAGUCAAAUUAUCUGCGGAAGAUAUCCUUAAAGAUGUUGUCAAUGGAGACAAAAUCAGCACAAAAUCCCAUGGCUAAUCCUCUGCAGGCUAAUAUUGCCAAUAGUAGUCAAAAUGCUCAAGGGAUUCAUAGACUCUGGAUUAGGGUAGCAGGUAUGAUUGAGAGAAAUUGGCAAACUGCUACAAGGAUUUGAUAGUGCAACCAUGGCAGUACAUAACUGUGCAACCCGUGAAAAAGGGGAAAAACAAGAACAAACAAGGAAGAACAGUACGCGCCUGGAGAAGUGUGAGGUUGCGGGAAAAGUCAUCCGCCAACGGAAGAACAUGGAUUUAUACGGCGAGGUGAGAGAAGGAGUGAAGAUGACCGUGGCCGUUGGAUUUCCAUUACUUCCUCUGGAGAGAAGGAUCGAUGUGCUCAAAUUGAACAGGUUCAUAAAUGCCAGAGUAAUGAACGAUUGAAGAAAUAUUAAAAAAUAAAACUUACAGACAAACGCCAAAGAAGAUGAAAGGAUGCGAGCUAGAUGUGCGGUCAAAGAGGAAGGCUGAGUCCCCGUUGGCGAAGCCAAUAUACCUGGCCUGAUUCGAUCGAACGGAUGGUCCUUUCGGUUAAAGAGGAAGCGAGGAGUGAAAGGGUGUUGGGCCUUAGAAUAUUAACGGGAACAAACGGAGUAUAGGGAGAUAAAGCCAGGUUAAUUGAAAGGUUACAAGCAUUUAAACAUUAUGUACAUAUCAACUAAGCUUAAAAUACCACCAACAAAUUUUUUAUACCCACAAUACCCUAACCUUCAUUCAGGCUUAUUAGAUUGUAGAGAUAGGGUAUUUUUGCACCUUUUAGAAGUUAAGGGGUGCAUGUGCAUCUCCACAUAUACUUCAGGAUAUUUGCAACUUUUUCCUAUAUAAUUAUACCAUCAGUCAAAGUUUAGCAUUAUUGACCUAUGACCACAGAAGUCAAAGAUGGCUAACUAAAAAAGGACGUAAGUAGUAAUAUAAAAAAAUUCAAGAUAUACAUUAUUGGAAUGCAAUACAAGUAGGUGGACAUAUACAAGGUUCGAAAUUGCGUAUUGCGUGUUUGAGGCGAUUUCUUAGCUAGGUAACAAGAUUUUUGGGAGUGUAUUAACACUAAGCCUCCAAAUGUAUGGCGUAGAGUGAUACAGAAGGUAAAACCAGUAAAUAUGGGGCAUAUGCACGGAUGCACUUAUUUGGCAAUGAUCUCUACCCGAGUAUGUGCAUAUAGGAUAUAGCCUAUAUUUUUACAGAUGCUUCGUAAAAAAUAUUGAACUUUUCUAUUUUUCAUCAUAUCGUUUAAGUUGUACAGUUAUGUAUUAUUGAUAUCUACUGUUAAUGCUGCUUUUUAAAAGUAUCAUUUGAUAAGCAUGUUUUUGUGGUCUUGUAUGGUUCUUGUAGACAGAUAGCCUUUUUUGAGGCCCCAUUUUUAAUCUUAAAUACAUCAUUUUUUGAGUUAUCAUAUGCCAUUUUAAUAAUAGGGAGUUCAGGGGAGGUAUUGAAAAUUGGAAUCAGAUACAAGAUUGCGGAUAAGAUUAUGUUGUCAUUUGGCAGCCACUUUUGUCAACUUAUGAUUAUUCUCAACACUAGUUUUUAUACCAAAAAGUAGUUUCAAGCAAUGUCUGCCCACUUAUUGAUGCUCUGAAAUUGAUGCUCUUAAAUGGCCUAUUUAUAUUUUCUCAACACUUUUGAAAAUUGGCCUAUUUAUAUUUUGAAAAUGCUAUUGAUAUGGAUGUAUAUGUUCUAUUUAUUGCCAUGAAAAAGGCAACCUUCGAAGUACUUCCUAGGCUCAAUGAAAAAAAGUGCAGCAGUGGUGUUGUCAAUGAGCUCUUGUUCCUGGAUAUGCCACGGGAAUGUCGAUUUCUAUCUGGGAUAACGAUGAUAGAAUAUGAUAAGGCAGUUCAGGAGAGUGUUUAUGACCAACUUCGUGUUGUUUGGGAGGGUCAGCUUUGCAUAAUUUUUACUCCUGACUUGAAGGGUUAGCUGUGCUGGCUUUGAUGGCGAUUGAGACAAGAGUUGCGCCAGUUGUGUUUGAUCCAGGUGGAACGUUGGCGGUAGGGGCCCUGGUUAAAGGAGGUGAAUUUGGCUUCAAUCGGCGGUUGGGAGAUCGGCGUGGUUGUUCUGGUCGCCUAAGAUGGUGGGGGAAGAAGAUGAGAUGUGGAUGAUUCGUCCCUCUCCUGAACUGUCGUCGCAAAGAAUUCACGCGACAAAGGUCUGAAAGACGGCGACGCAGCUGCUUUUUAUUUAUUUUUGUUUUAUGUCCUUUUUGCUACGCUUUAUUUUAGUUUUAUUAGGGCAAAUAAUAAGGGUGGUAGGUUUUUGGUUUGGUUUAUUUUAGUUGAUAACUUUUUGUGUAGAGGCAAUCAGGCUGAUUCAGCCGUUAAUAGCCUCAAAGCUCUCACAUUUUCAGCGAUUAGUCUCGCUUCUGUUGGGGUGGUCUAUUCUAUGUCUGAUGAAGAAGUGAGGGGGCCAGUGGGCUUCUGGUUAUGUCUGGUUAGAAGGAGGUUAGUGUCGGGUGAUUACGUUUAUGUUUUGCAAUUCUCUGGGAUGUAUUGCGAGUUUUUGAUUUGAUAUAAUUUGUCAGUUUCCUUUAAAAAAAAUUAAUUAUUAUGUAUACUAGUAUGGUACCUGUGUGAUCCA